AUGAAUGCAGAUGAUAUUCGUUUUUUAUCUUAUUAUUUAAUUCCAACAGAUUGGAAUAUUCAUUUAAUUGAUCGAAGAACAAAUGAAAAACAACUUGAACAAAUACAACAAAUUAUCGACAAUGCUCAAUUAUUGGCAUUUGACACAGAAACAAUGCCCAUCUUUUAUCAUUCAACUUUUCAACAACGUCAAAAUUAUAAAUGGCAAAAUGGUAAUUGGCAAUCAACAUCCUACGAAACUCAACAACAAAACUCAUGUGUAAGUAAACCAGCGCUUCUUCAAGUCGCUGUACGAAAUCAAAAUCGUAAUGGUAAAAAUGUUCUUCUUUUCGAUCUUCAAGAAUUAUUUGAUCAAACAAAUAAAUAUUUUCGUGAAUGUCAUACAAGUUCUCUUGUACAUGAAUUUAUUUAUUCAAUAUUAAAUCAUCCAACUGCAUAUAAACUUUCACAAUCAUUAUUCAAUGAUUUAGCACAAUUAAAAUGUUCAUAUAAUGAAGAUUGUUUUCAUAAAUUCAAAUUGAAUCAUCUUCUUGAAUUAUCAGAUAUCUAUCGAAAAGUAUUUCCUAAUGAAAAAGAUCAACAAGUUUAUAGUUUACGACGUAUGACAGCAAUGACAUUACAUUGUCAAUUAGAUAAAAAACAACAAUGUGCAAAUUGGUCUAAAAGACCAUUAACACAAUCAUUGAAAGAUUAUGCUGCCAUGGAUGUUACGGUUAUGAUUGAUAUUUAUGAUCGAUUAAAAAGUAAAAUAAAACAAGAAUUAAUUGAUCAAAAUAAUCAAUUAUCAACAUGGGAAAAUUUUCAAGAAUCUAUUGAAACAUCGAUUGAUGCCAAUGAUAUUAUUCUUUAUCAAUGUAUAUGUGGUGAACGUUUUAUAACAAAUAAAACACGUAAUAAACAUGCUCGAACAUGUAUUCAAGAACAAAAACGUCUUGAAGAAAUAGCAUCAUCGGAAAAUAAAUCUUCUUGUAAGAAAAAGUCGAAAAAUCUAAGCACAAAUGAUAUAUUAAAAUCAAAAGUAACAGAUGUUUCAUCUUUACCAGAACUUGAUUUUUCUACACCACCUAUACCAUGUGGUCGAGGAUAUAUACCUCCAGCACUUAAACGUGCAUAUCAAUCAAUGAAUCAAAUAACAUUAUAUGAUCAUGUUCGAUGUUCAUCAUCAUUUGAUGAAUAUAAUCAAAUAAAUGAAAAUCGUCCACCUGAUGCACAAUAUUUUCUUGAUGAUGAUGAUACAGAAGUUGCACAAGCAUUUGGACUUCAAAUAAAAAAUCAUUCUUCACAACCGAAACUAAUCAAUGGAAUUAAACAAAUUCAAUCUAAUUUAUCAUUAACAUCUGUAACAAAACCAAUUCUUAAAAUAGCUUCUUAUCCACCUAAAACUACUUCUAUAUCUUCAAUUAAUGAAAAACCAAUUGAUAACGAAAAUGAUUUACUUGAUCGUUUAAAAGAUGAUUUUGAUAGUCAACCUGAAUUUCAUUGUCAUCUUUUUGGUUUAGGUGGUCGUGGACGUUUAUUAUCAAUGCAUUUGCCUCCACCAGAACCUUCUUCUCGUGAUAAAUAUAAUUGUAAUACAUAA